CUUGCGCUUAACUGCUAUAGUUCAGAUGUUCAGUUAACACACUUUUUUUGUAACUUUUGAAUAAUGUUUUUUUGAGCAAUUAUUUUGUAAAAUUUAUUUAAUACUUUGUUUGCAAUGGACGAACUACAGAAAUUAGAACACUUGUCGUUGGUAUCGAAAAUAUGUACAGAAUUAGAAAACCAUUUAGGUUUAAAUGACAAGGACUUGGCCGAAUUCAUCAUCGAUUUGGCCUACAAUAAUGACACUUUAGACUCUUUCAAAAAAGCUCUGCUUAAAAAUGGAGCUGAGUUUUCGGACUCGUUCAUAGCCAAUUUAUUGCGUAUUAUACAACACAUGCAACCAAGAAUGUCUAAACAAUCUGGGAACAGCAUGAAUAACGAUAUAGAAAAAACCGAUACAUUGGCUUGUAAGUUUCCUGGCUUAGCUAUUCCAAAUGACAUUAGCAGUAAAACCGACGACCCGGUCAGUGGAGCUAUGGCUGAAUUAGAAGCUCUCGCUCCUACGUUCAAUGAAAAGGAAUCUGGUGAUAGUGAAAAACCAUCAGAGAGUAGACACAUGUCAAGAAGCCGAUCGAAAAGUCAUGAUCGAAAAUACAAACGACGCAGCCCUAGGCACAGGAGUAAUAGUCGCGAUAAUCAUCAAAGAGAAAGAAGCCGUGACAGGCUUAGAGACAAAAGCCGCGACAGACACAGAGACAGAAGUCGCGACAGGCACAGGGACAAAAGUCACGACAGGCAUAGGGACAGAAGUCGCGAUAGACAUCACAGAGGUAAAAGCCAGGAUCGCUCAAGAAACAGAAGCAGAGACAGACAUAGAAAUCGAAGCAGUGAUCGUCACAGAAACCGAGAUAGACGUGACAAAAGUGAUCACCGGAGUUCUAGAAGGAGCAGAAGCCGAGACAAUUACAAAAGAGACAAAAAUGACAAAACAAAUGAACCAAAAAGUAAAUUCCCCGAAUUGGGUCGAGUAUAUGCCGGCAAGGUGUUGAACAUAGUCGAAUUUGGCUGUUUUGUACAACUGGAUGCUUUCCGACAAAGUCAGGGACUAGUGCAUAUAUCUCAGUUACGUCAGAAAGGUAGAGUGAACACUGUUAGCGACGUUGUUUCUAGAGGCGAUAAAGUCAUGGUAAAAGUCAUAUCUAUUAGCGGCAAUCAAAAAAUCUCCUUGUCGAUGAAAGACGUCGAUCAAGAAACUGGGGAAGACCUAAACCCUAUGGUUGGUCCAGGAGACAAUGAUGAUGAAGAUAUGAUGGGUGGCCGUAAUCCUGACCGGCCUACUUCAUUGUUAGAGUUACAAACAGUUGCCGAUGGGGAUGAGACGGCAAAUUUGAAACGUGUAAAUAAAAUAUCGUCACCGGAACGUUGGGAAAUCAAACAAAUGCUGUCCGCUAAUUGCAUCGACAAAAGUGAAUUGCCCGAUUUCGACGAGGAAACAGGUAUUUUACCCAAAGACAACACAGAAGAAGAACAAGAUAUUGAAAUUGAAAUUGUCGAAGAUGAACCGCCGUUUUUACAUGGACACGGCAGAAACCUUCACGAUCUCAGUCCUGUUCGUAUUGUUAAAAAUCCUGACGGUUCUCUUGCACAAGCUGCUAUGAUGCAAAGCGCAUUGUCUAAAGAACGGCGUGAACAAAAAAUGAUUCAACGCGAACAAGAAAUUGAUUCUGUUCCUAAAAAUGUCACCAAAAAUUGGAUCGAUCCUCUUCCUGAUAACGAUAGCCGACAGUUGGCUGCAAACAUGCGAGGAAUAGGGUUGACUGCCCAAGAUGUUCCGGAAUGGAAGAAACACGUUAUAGGAGGGAAGAAAAGUUCUUUUGGUAUGAAGACUAAUUUGAGUCUUUUAGAACAACGACAGAGUUUACCCAUUUACAAACUCAAAGAUGAACUUAUCAAGGCGGUAACGGACAAUCAAAUUUUGAUUGUCAUUGGAGAAACAGGAUCGGGAAAAACCACUCAAAUCACUCAGUAUUUAGCUGAAGCUGGAUUUACGUCUAGAGGAAAGAUUGGAUGCACUCAACCCAGGAGAGUUGCUGCUAUGUCAGUGGCAAAAAGAGUAGCAGAAGAAUUUGGUUGCCGAUUGGGGCAAGAAGUCGGUUACACCAUUCGUUUCGAAGAUUGUACAAGCCCAGAAACGGUCAUCAAAUACAUGACGGACGGUAUGUUGUUGCGAGAAUGUUUGGUUGAUUUUGAUUUAAAAAACUACUCUGUCGUGAUGUUGGACGAAGCUCACGAGAGGACCAUUCACACAGACGUUCUUUUCGGCCUUCUAAAACAAGCGGUGACUAAACGAAAAGAGCUAAAACUCAUUGUCACUUCGGCCACCUUGGACGCUGUCAAGUUUUCACAGUAUUUCUUUGAAGCUCCUAUAUUCACCAUUCCCGGACGUACUUUUCCCGUGGAAGUGCUGUACACCAAAGAGCCCGAGACUGAUUACUUAGAUGCAUCGCUGAUCACCGUCAUGCAAAUACAUUUGCGUGAACCGCCUGGCGAUAUAUUGCUUUUCUUAACUGGUCAAGAAGAAAUUGACACCGCUUGUGAAAUAUUAUACGAGAGAAUGAAAUCGUUAGGUCCCGAUAUUCCUGAGUUGAUCAUUUUACCAGUUUAUUCAGCAUUGCCUAGUGAAAUGCAAACAAGAAUCUUCGAAGCCGCUCCUCCUGGAUCCAGAAAAGUGGUAAUCGCUACCAACAUUGCUGAGACUUCGUUGACAAUCGAUGGUAUUUACUAUGUUGUCGACCCAGGAUUCGUAAAGCAAAAAGUGUACAACUCAAAAACUGGAAUGGACUCUUUGGUCGUAACACCCAUUUCACAGGCCCAAGCCAAACAAAGAGCUGGACGUGCCGGUCGAACGGGCCCUGGUAAAUGUUAUAGGCUUUACACAGAAAGAGCUUACCGAGAUGAAAUGUUACCCACUCCUGUGCCAGAAAUACAGCGUACCAACUUAGCCACUACAGUGUUACAACUCAAAACGAUGGGCAUUAACGAUUUACUCCAUUUCGAUUUCAUGGACGCGCCACCCGUAGAAAGUUUAAUCAUGGCUUUGGAAUCGUUACAUUCGUUGAGCGCUCUGGACGAUGAAGGACUGCUGACCAGACUUGGACGACGUAUGGCUGAAUUUCCGUUGGAACCGAAUUUAUCGAAAAUGUUAAUCAUGUCGGUCCAUCUUCAGUGUUCCGAAGAAAUAUUAACCAUUGUGUCUAUGUUAUCCGUGCAAAAUGUUUUCUACAGGCCAAAAGACAAACAAGCGUUGGCCGAUCAAAAAAAAGCCAAAUUCAAUCAAAUCGAAGGUGACCAUUUAACGUUGUUAGCUGUGUACAAUUCGUGGAAGAACAAUAAAUUCAGCAACGCUUGGUGUUAUGAAAACUUUGUUCAAAUUCGUACGUUGAAACGAGCACAAGACGUUCGCAAACAGUUGCUUGGUAUCAUGGACAGGCAUAAACUGGACGUGGUUUCGGCCGGAAAGAACACAGCUCGAAUUCAAAAAGCUAUUUGUUCAGGAUUCUUUCGUAAUGCUUCUAAAAAAGACCCCCAAGAAGGUUAUCGCACCCUAGUCGAUGGACAGGCCGUGUACAUUCAUCCAAGCAGUGCUUUGUUCAAUAGACAACCCGAAUGGGUCAUGUACCAUGAGUUGGUUCAAACAACCAAAGAAUACAUGCGUGAAGUGACCACGAUCGACCCAAGAUGGUUAGUUGAAUUUGCGCCGGCCUUUUUCAAAUUUUCUGACCCUACAAAGUUGAGCAAAUUCAAAAAGAAUCAACGACUUGAGCCGCUCUACAACAAAUAUGAAGAACCCAACGCAUGGAGAAUUUCCAGAGUGAGGAGAAGGAGGAACUGAAAUUGUGUUAUUUUUAUACUAUCAUAACAAAAGUGUAUAGACUUUAAACUGUAAAAAUUCAAUUUUAUUUUUAAUUAUUUGUACAUGUUUACAAUUAUUAUUAAUUAAACUACGUCAUUUUGCUGUCGCCGACCUAGCAAACUGUACUACCAUUGGCUUGUCCUUUAAAAUAUAACCAUUUGUUUCGUCCAGGG